AGCUUAGGUACUCAGAGCCUGAAGGAGAGCCGGACUAGGAACUGAACUGGACGGGGCAUCUUCAAUCUUGGCAUCAAUAUUGGGUGUGGGAGCAAUUUAAAGUCUUGACAUCUGCAGUUCGAAGUCACCUCCCGCGAGACCACUAUCUCUAUCCUGGAGGAGACUCUGCUCCUCCCCCUUCCUGGAGCGUGACUCCCCCACCCCCUUCUCGACUGAGCCCUGUGGAGAUUGGUCCGUUGGUGCGGGAACGAUGGAGGAAACCCCUCUCAAACCUGCGCCCAAACACGCACACCAUCGCCACAGCUCCAUCAGAUCGAACCUGUUCGGAGGUGUCCUCCGUAACCUAUGGAGCACGAUCACGAUGACCACGAUGACAAACGUGUCGGUGUCAGACAUCUGCGAGGACUUCGAAGAGGAGAUUAAAGACAGCAAGCCUCACAGGUACAGCCAGACCAUUUCUAUGAAGGAGAACCUCAACCUCAAGCCAGAGGAGAUCCAGCAGCAAGCACGUUUAGGGCUGUUGCUGCACGGUAGAAGGUCGCCGGGCGUCGUAGAGGAGCGUGAAGAAUCCAUGCUCUCCUUAGUAAAGUCUGGUUCAGAGUCAUCAGACAGUCUGUCAAAGCAAAUGCCACAUCAAGCCUACUGGACAGAGCAGCAGAACAGGCUGCCCCUGCCCCUGAUGGAACUCAUGGAGAAUGAAGUUCUGGACAUUCUCAACAAAGCCCUCGGCACGUAUAAGUCCACGAUUGGCAGGAACCACUUCAUGACGAAACAGCUGCAGGGGUACAUCGAGGAGCUCAAGAAGCGCCGGAACAGAAGGCUCAACUGCACGGCUGUGUGA